CGUCGCUCUUGGUGCAGCUGCAGCAGCAGAGCGAAGACCGCAUUCUGCAGGCGAACGCUGAGCGUGUUUAUCUUCCGUCUUCAGUCGACUUCAUUCACUCUACUGACCCGUCGGGGAAACUUAAUUCAGCACAGAAACGGGACUUUAAUUUGAUUUUUUUUCCCCGAUUAAAAAAAAAAAAAGAAGUUUAAAAUAUGCUGCUGCGCUCAAACUGCGCAGGGAGAAGCGGGCAGGCUUAGAAUAAUCUCGUCUAAAGUUUGAUUCGACUCCAGAGGGGAGGAAAGAAAAAGCCCUUUGCCACUUCUCCUUCUUCACGUUCUUCUAAACCUCCCUGAAACUUCAGCCUCUCUCAAUGGAAGCCUCAGGAAAGUAUGACUUUAUCGCAACAGAGGACGAGGAGCUCACCUUCAGAAAGGGUGAUUUACUAAAGAUUAUAAACGUUGAAGGUGAUUGGUGUAAGGCGGAGAUGAAUGGACGAGAAGGAUAUGUACCACAUAACUACAUCGAUUUCCAGAUUCCAGGGUGGUUUAAGGAGGACGCCAGUCGCAGUGCUGCAGAGGACAUGCUCAAGUUCAAAACUGUCGGGGAGUUUCUGAUCCGAGGGUGCCAAACCUCCCCGGGCGAUUUCUCCAUUUCUGUCAAACAUGAGAAUGACGUCCAGCACUUCAGAGUGAUGAGGGACAACAAAGGCCAGUACUUCCUGUGGCAGGAGAAGUUCACCUCCCUCAACAAGCUGGUGGAGUUCUACAAAAGCAACACCAUCUCUAAAAGCAGGGUGAUUUGCCUCAACGAUGGCAGCCUCAACGACGGCAAAGGGUUCCCCUCCCCAUCCCAGCCGGUGAAGAGGGGGAGUUUGCCUGAGCAACGUACAACACCAACCUUCAAUACGGCGCCACGUCGAUCUUCAGACCAGAGUUCCAGCUCGAUGGGCAGAAGACCCGAGCUGGAGGCGCGAGCGCAUACGAUCGGCCACACAGGAAGAAGCAGUCCUUCUACUUCGGCUCAGCCUCUGAGACGCACCUCUGAAACCUUGCCUCUGCCUCAGAGACCAUCCACGCUGCAGGUGAGGGCGCUCUACAAAUUCACCGCAGAGGAAGACGACGAGCUUGAAUUUUCCCCCGGCGACAUCAUCGACGUGCUGGAUAACUCCGAUGCGUCGUGGUGGAAAGGCAGGCUGAGAGGAUCGAUUGGGCUGUUUCCCGCAAACUACACAGAGCAGCUGUAAGGAAACGCCACGAGCGAUGAUUUUAAAACGCCUGCGCGCGUUCAGACUCGAUCUGCGGCUGCAUCGGCUCUUGAUGAGUUUCUGAACGUGAACCAGCAGGCUUCUGUAUGCGCUGCGUGUCAGCCUCCUACCAGAGGACUGAGGCAGUGCAGCUUUAUUUACAAAGGAGCAGAGACACCUGCAGGAACUUCCUACAGCUCCCACAUGUUCACCUGGCACACAGGAAAUGCUGCAAAUGAUGCCUGAGGAUGUUGUUUGUAUCAUGACGUGUCCGUAAGCAUGUUGUCUGAAUGCUCGCUGGCCAGGCUGCUGAUGAAUGGACUGUCUGCUCACUUUUGACACAUUUUUAUCAAAAAAUGUUAUUGACUUUUUAAAUAAACUUUUUUUUUAUCACCAC